AUGAGCCGACAGCGACCGACAUUCGAAGCACUACCUUACUACGAUGAAGAUGCGUCCAAUAAUCCAGAAUUGCUCGCCAAAGUCAAGGCAGAACUCGCCAAAGAGCGAAAACGAUUAGGUCAACGAGUUUCUGCAGAUAAUGACCCACGAAUACCCCCUCAAUUUCCGCUGUUCUCGAAAAACCCACUGCUAGCCGCUGAGCUGGAACGUAUAGAGUCGCAUAAUCGUCUAUCUGCAAUCGACACGAAGCGCUUUCAACUGCCACCACCGGCUGGGGAUAACCCAUCAGUGGAAGAUUGGCAGGCAGCAUUGAAAAAUGCUCGUGCGCAGUUGGAACAUCAACGGCUACGGAGUGCCAAUGGUGCACUAAUGCAGCAAUAUGGCGCUAAUGCAUGGCGUGUAUACAACUACCGGAUGGAGGUUGUAGGAAAGAGCCUUGACAAGGCUAUCGAAGAGCUAAAUGAACGAGUGACAGAGGUUAACCGGGCACGAAAGAAUGAACAGAUUGCCAUCGGAAAACAACUUACAGCUCUCGAGAAAAAGUGGACAGAACUCAUUUCAAGCGUACUACAAAUAGAAAUUGCAAAUGCUGCCUUGGAAGCAGAGAUCGCUUCCCUGGGACAACGCGAUCUCUUCCAGUACUUUAUACGUGCGAAUGAGCGGUUGGUUUGA